AUGAAUGCUAGCAAGUUAAUGAGAAGAGGUUGUCAAGCGUACUUAGCCUUGGUAAGGGAUACACAAGUGGCUGAAGAGAAAUUGAAAAAAAUUCCAAUAGCAUGUAAAUUUUCAGAGGUUUUUUUUGAAGAACUUCUUGGGUUGCCACCUGAUAGGGAGAUUGAAUUUUCUAUAGACUUAGUUCCAAACACUCAUCCUAUAUCCAUACCUCCUUAUCGUAUGGCCCCAACAGAACUUAAGGAGUUAAUGAAGCAACUUCAAGAUCUUCUUGAUAAGGGUUUUAUUUGUCCAAGUUAUUCUCCUUAUGGAGCACCGGUAUUAUUUGUAAAGAAGAAAGAUGGAUCUAUGCAGCUGUGUGUAGACUAUAGGCAGUUGAAUAAAGUAAAUGUAAAUAAUAAAUACCCUUUGCCACACAUUGAUGAGUUGUUUGACCAACUUCAAGGAGCUCAAUGUUUUUCAAAGAUUGAUUUGCGGUCGGGGUAUCACCAGUUGAAGAUUAAAAGUGAUGACAUAACGAAGACAACUUUAUGCACGCGUUAUGGGCAAUAUGAAUUUCUGGUUAUGUCAUUUGGGCUUACUAAUGCCCCUGAAUUUGAGCGAAUACUGGGUUACUCCCUAGAAAGAGGAAAUCCUUAUCGAUAUACUGGGCAACCACCGAAGUUGGACACAAUUGCUGAAGUGUUGAAGAUCGACAUAAGAGAGUUGGCAAGUACAAAAGAGGAAAAAGGGGCUAUUCAUGGGUUUUCAAGAAAAUAUCUAGAGCAAAAGUGCCAAGAUUUAGCUGAUAAAAAAGAAUGGAGUACUUUUAUAGAUGUUUUGGCCCUCAUUAUCUACGGUAUUGUUAUAUUUCCAAACCUUGAUAACUUUGUAGAUUUUGCUACCAUAAAUGUAUUCUUAGCUUUUAACAAACAUAAACAAAACCCAGUUCCUGCGAUUCUUGCUGACGUAUACUACUCUAUGCAUAUGCGACACGAGAAGAAGGGGGGAACAAUUUUAUGUUGUGUUCCAGUGCUGUUUACUUGGUUUGUGUCUCACAUGUUCAAGAAAGGGUAUCAUGUUGGGGUUAAGAGUAAUCGUGAAUGGGCUCAGAGUAUAGCUAGCCUUACUGGGGAUACAAUUUCAUGGUACUAUAGAGAACAAGGGGUGGAAGAGGAUGAAACCAUAUACUGGGAGGAGCGUUUCAUGGUGUUGCUUGGGCAAUUGAAGAACCAAGAGAUUUAUAAAGAAUUGGAAGAUAAAGGCAAGCAUUGGAAAGAUUGCUUUUCGAAAUUGGCAAUGCUAGCUAAUCAGAUAAAAGCUAUUGAGGGGUAUAAUGUUUAUGGCCUUGAAGCUUUCGAUAUGUGUUUGGUUCCUGAUGUGACUAUCCCUGCCAAAUUCAAGGUUCCUGACUUUGAAAAAUACAAGGGCAACACAUGUCCUAAAAAUCAUCUAACUAUGUAUUGCAGAAAAAUGGCAUCUCAUGCUCAUAACGAUAAACUUCUCAUUCACUUCUUCCAAGACAGUUUGAGUGGGGCAUCGUUAAGUUGGUAUAUGCAUCUUGAGCGAAAUCAAAUUCGUUCAUGGAAGGACCUAGCUGAUGCCUUUUUGAAGCAAUACAGGUACAACGUUGACAUGGCCCCUGAUAGGAUGCAAUUGCAAAAUUCACUGAAAAAUGACAACGAAGCUUUCAAAGAAUACGCACAACGGUGGAGGGAAAUGGCCUCACAAGUAGAACCCCCAUUAUCUGAAAGAGAAAUGGUUGGUAUGUUUAUGGAUACUCUCCAGUCGCCUUUUUAUGACAAGAUGAUUGGGAGUAUGUCAUCAAACUUUUCUGACCUUGUCAUGAUAGGAGAAAGGAUAGAAAGUGGGAUGAGGAGUGGCAAGAUCGUAUGUGCAGCAACUAGCGUGAAACGACCCCAGACGACAUUCACAAAAAAGAAAGAAGGAGACACUAACGCUGUAAUGGUAAACCCCAGAAUCUCUUAUUUUCCACCCAUCAAUUCUUAUCGACCCCCAAUUUUCCAGCCCCCGAUACCACAAAAUCCUUACACCCCUUAUCCAUAUGUGGCCGCAACCACACAAGCUUCAUUCCCUCAAUAUCACCCUUCAAGACCACCUUUUUAUCAACCACCACCUACCGCAUUUUCCCCACAAAAUCAAUACCCAAGCUCAAAUCACUACAGACCACCUGUCAAUCGAGAAAAAAGGAUAACUCGUUUUGAUCCAAUUCCCGUCACGUAUAGCCAAUUGUUGCCCCAUUUACUUCAAAAUUCAAUGGUAGUCAUAAGACCAAUGAAACCUCUUGAACCACCAUUUCCAAAAUGGUAUAAUCCAAAUGCCAAAUGUGAAUAUCAUGCAGGAGCCGUUGGGCAUUCCAUUGAAGAUUGUCAAGCCCUAAAAUCUAAAGUGCAAGAAUUGAUUAAUGCAAAAUGGCUUACCUUCAAGGAGGACAAUCCCAACAUAGGGAGCAAUCCUUUGCCAGGUCACGGGAACGCCUCUGUGAAUUUCAUUGAAGAUGGGAUAGACCAACAUGCAGUAGAUGGUCAUGUGUUCACCAUGGGGUCGUGUGUGGAAAAUAAUAUAUCUUUCCCAAAACCAUUGGAAAUUCUUUACAAAAAAGAGAAUCUUAAGUCAACUCAUAACAAGCCAAAUGCAAUAAUUGUCCAAACACCAAUCCCGUUUCCUUAUGGAAAUACCAAGGCAGUACCGUGGAAAUACGAAGUCACAUCCCACUUGGCAGAUCAUCAACCAAGUGAUGAUUGUGAACCUAAAGGAACUGAGGUCACUAACAUCUCAGGGAUUGGUGGAAUGACUCGGAGUGGUCGAGUAUACACUCCUGAGCAACUUAGGAAAAAAGAGGUUAAUGGAGAAAAAGGAAAAGAAGAUAUGUAUCAUACCAUAAAAGGACAAGAGAUCAGUAAAAAGACGGUGUCUGAAGAAGAAGCUAGUGAAUUUUUGAAGUUUGUCAAGCAAAGUGAAUAUAAGGUGGUGGAUCAGCUAAAUCAGACCCCUUCCAAGAUAUCAGUUCUCUCCUUGUUAUUGAAUUCUGAAGCACAUAGAAGGGCACUGAUGAAAGUUCUAAACGAAGCCCAUGUUACUCACGAUAUCACUGUCGAUCAGUUUGAUGGAGUUGUCGGUAACAUCACUGCUAGUAGUUGCCUGAGUUUUAGUGAUAAUGAAUUACCAGCUGAAGGGACAGAGCAUAAUAAGGCACUGCACAUCUCUAUGAGGUGUCACGAUCACAUUCUUGCACGAGUGCUAGUAGAUAAUGGUUCAUCAUUAAAUGUCAUGCCUAAAUCAACACUGUCAAAGCUAUUUGUUGAGGGAGCCUGUUUGAAGCCUAGUGCUUUGGUGGUGAAAGCGUUUGAUGGAUCUAGAAGACAAGUGAUUGGUGAGAUUGACCUGCCAAUUCAAAUCGGACCCCACAUCUUUGGGAUAACCUUCCAAGUAAUGGAUAUUAAACCGGCGUACAGUUGUCUUUUAGGGAGACCAUGGAUUCAUGCUGCUGGAGCAGUGACAUCCACUCUCCAUCAAAAGCUAAAGUUUACAGUGAACAAUAAGCUGGUAAUAAUAUAUGGGGAAGAAGAUAUGAUAGUAAGUCAUUUAUCUUCUACAGGCUACAUUGAAGACACGGAGGAAGCCAUAGAGACUUUCUUUCAAGCAUUAGAAAUUGCCAAUGUUGUCUUCAUGGGUGAAGGAUAUCGUUUAAAAGAACCAAAACAAUCUACCAUAUCAUUGAAGUCUACCAAAUCCAUGUUAGAAGGAGGAGUUUUUCUCAAUUUGGGGAAGUUGAUAGAAAUACCAGAAAAGAACAAUAGGUACGGGUUGGGAUAUGUACCUACUCAAGCUGAUGAAGAAAAGGCUGCGAAGGAAAAAAGAGAAAACAAGGUGACUCGUCGAGAAAACUGGAUACCGAAUUCACAGAAGAUUCCUAUUUGUGACAUUCGUCAAAAUUUUCAAAGCGCCGGAAUAAUAUAUGCUGAUCAGGUGGCUGUUGCGGAAGAGGAUCAUGGUGAUGAUGAUACCCUCAAGCUAGUGUACCCUUGUCCUCCAAACACCAAUCUCAACAAUUGGAAGAUCAUCGAGUUUGAGGAUUGUGAAGACGAUUGUGAGCUUCCCCCAGAACUAGAAAGCUUAAUUGAACGGGAAGCUAAGAUAAUCCAACCCUAUCAAGAACCUGUUGAGGCGAUCAAUUUAGGGACUGGGCAUGAUAAAAAAGAAGUUAAAGUUGGUAUGUCUAUGAAAGAAAGUGAGCGAGAAAAGUUGGUUAAACUUUUAAUUGAUUAUGUGGAUGUCUUUGCAUGGUCAUAUCAGGAUAUGCCCGGGUUAGAUACUAACAUAGUUGAACACAAGCUACCACUAAAACCUGAAUACACUCCAAUUAAACAGAAGUUGAGAAGGAUGAGACCUGAUAUGUCGCUUAAAAUUAGAGAAGAGGUCAAGAAGCAAUUUGAUGCUGGUUUCUUAGCAGUAGCAAAAUAUCCUCAAUGGGUGGCUAAUAUUGUACCAGUUCCAAAGAAAGAUGGAAAGGUUCGAAUGUGCGUUGAUUAUCGGGAUUUAAAUAAAGCUAGUCCUAAAGAUGAUUUUCCUCUACCUCAUAUUGAUGUCCUAGUGGAUAGCACUGCUCAAUACUCUCUUUUCUCCUUCAUGGAUGGUUUCUCAGGGUACAAUCAAAUCAAGAUGGCUCCCGAAGAUAUGGAAAAAACUACGUUCAUCACACAAUGGGGGACUUUCUGCUAUAAAGUGAUGCCAUUUGGAUUGAAGAAUGCCGGGGCAACCUAUCAAAGAGCAAUGGUAACCUUGUUUCAUGACAUGAUGCAUAAGGAAAUAGAGGUUUACGUGGAUGAUAUGAUCGCAAAAUCUCGAACUGAAGAAGACCAUGUUGUUAACCUUCAAAAGUUAUUUGAGCGACUAAGGAAGUUCAAACUUCGUUUAAACCCUGCUAAAUGCACAUUUGGUGUAAGAUCAGGCAAAUUACUUGGGUUUAUCGUUAGUCAAAAAGGGAUAGAGGUGGACCCAGAUAAAGUAAGAGCAAUACAAGAAAUGCCGGCUCCACGCACUGAAAAAGAAGUUCGUGGCUUUUUGGGUAGAUUGAAUUACAUUGCAAGGUUUAUAUCGCACCUCACCGCUACAUGCGAGCCGAUUUUCAAAUUGUUGCGCAAAGACCAAAAGGUUGAAUGGAAUGAGAAUUGUCAAAAAGCUUUCGAAAAGAUUAAGCAGUACUUAUCAAAACCUCCCAUCCUAGUGCCCCCUGUUCCUGGGAAACCACUUAUUAUGUACUUAACAGUACUUGACGAGUCAAUGGGCUGCGUACUGGGGCAGCAUGAUGAAUCUGGUAGGAAAGAACAUGCUAUUUAUUAUUUGAGCAAAAAGUUCACCAGUUGUGAAACAAGAUAUUCACUACUUGAACGAACAUGUUGCGCAUUGGCAUGGGCUGCUCGUCGGUUGAGACAAUACAUGUUAUGUCAUACAACUUGGUUGGUGUCUAAAAUGGACCCAAUUAAGUACAUCUUUGAGAAACCUGCUCUUACUGGAAGGAUCGCCCGUUGGCAGAUGUUGUUAUCAGAAUACGAUUUGGUAUAUGUUACACAAAAAUCCAUCAAAGGAAGCGCACUAGCAGAGUACUUAGCCCAUCAACCGGUAGAAGAUUAUCAAUCAAUGCAGUGUGAAUUCCCCGAUGAAGACAUAAUGAAUUUAGUUGAAGAGAUUGAAUCAUCUGAUAAAGAAAAGUGGAGGUUGGUGUUUGAUGGUGCUUCUAAUGCGUUAGGGCAUGGAAUUGGAGCCAUUUUGAUUUCUCCAGAAAACCAGUUCACUCCAUUUACGGCUAGGUUGUGUUUUGAUUGUACAAACAAUAUUGCUGAAUAUGAAGCAUGUGUUAUGGGCAUUAAAGCGGCUAUUGAAUCAAAUGUAAAAUUUCUUGAGGUAUAUGGAGACUCAUUGUUGGUCAUCCAUCAGACGAAAGGAGAUUGGGAAACGCGAGAUUCUAAAUUGAUUCCGUAUCACACCCAUAUCAAAGAAUUGACAGAACAAUUUGAGAAGAUUACUUUUCACCAUAUCCCUCGAGAAGAAAACCAGUUAGCUGACGCCUUGGCCACUUUGUCGUCAAUGUUCAAAAUAACCACUAAUCAAGACGUGCCGGUCAUAAAGAUUCAACAAAGAGAUAAACCUGCAUAUUGCUUAUCAAUAGAAGAAGAGUUGGAUGGCAAGCCGUGGUUUUAUGACAUCAAAUCAUAUGUUAAGAAUAAGGAAUAUCCAUUGGGUAUUUCAGAGAACGACAAAAGGGUUUUAAGGAGAUUGUCAAUGAAUUUCUUCUUGAAUGGUGAUGUGCUUUAUAAGAGAAAUCAUGAUAUGGUUCUCCUCAGAUGGGUAAGCAUUUUAAAUAAUGCACAUUUGAUUGACCUCAAGAAAAAGUGA